AUGUCCUCUCCCUUCGACGUCAUCGCCAUCAUCACCCCCAAGCCCGGUAAAGCCGACAGAGUCCAGGAACUUCUGAGCACGGCUGCGGAAGCCGUGAAGAGGGAUGAGCCGGGGACGCUGAGGUAUCAUUUACAGCGCGAGACCAAAGGGCACGGGGUAUUUGUCAUGUUGGAGACGUAUGCAAACCAAGCCGCGCUCGAAACGCAUGGAAAGAGCGAAGCGUACAAGGCGCUUAGCCGGGCGAUGAAGCAGGAGGAUUUACUCGCUGCGCCGAUGAAGGUGUUGUUUACGAAGGAGGUGGCUGGGUUUGCUAGUAAACUAUAG